AUGCGCUUGCUGCUUCUCCUUGCGGCCGUCGAGCGCGCGCUCGCUGGCUGCGCGUACGCCGACUUGGCCUUGUCCGAGAACGCGUCCAUCUUGGUCGCCGAUGCCUCGUGCACGACGGUGCCAGUCUGCGGCGUCCGACCCAACUGCAAGGUCUUCGACUCGUUCGAGUCCGACUGGAACAGCUACGUGCGGUGCAACGCGAUUGGCGACCUCAGCGGCUACACCCAACCCAGCCUCACGGUGGCCAACUCGUCGAGCCUCACGCUCGCCAAGAUGAAGCUGCCACCGACGCUGGCCAACUUGACGCUCACCAACAUUACCAAAAUCGACCUCGGUGCGAUCGCAGCGGCGCAGUGGAGCUCACUCCAGGGCCUCACGUUCUUCUUGUCGAACCCCAAGAUCACCAACAACAUCAACUGGCCGCCAUCGCUUCGAUUCAUCACUUUCAAAAACACCGACCUCGUCAACAUCCCCCAAGGCUUGCCGACGACAGUCGAGAGAUUGGCAUUUCAAGCCAACCAGCUCACGGACCUCAACUACCUGCCGCCCAACCUGACCUUCAUGUACGACUGGACGCGACGAGGCUUGUGA